GCUCCAGCCCUUUUCCCUCGACUCACGCGGCCUCUCCCGAAAUAUCUGUCUCGUUGCCGCCACCACCGCCUCGCCCCAUCGCCCGUUGUUUGCUUCGUCCUCCGGCGCCGGCCAAGCAGACUCCACAUCCAAGCGCCCACGCCUCCUCUCGACCCAGGCACGGCAGGGAGGACGAGGAUGUGGAGGAGGGUGCUGCCGAUGGCGCCAGAAGCAGCUCGACAAGAACCACCGUCACGCGGAGGCAAGUCGCCAUCGACACGGCCUCUUCGUCUGCGCCGUCAAGGGCCAACAGCUCCAGAUCCGGGAGCAUCUUCCCGGAGGCGGAGCCGGCGACUCCUGAUGCACCUGGUGAUGGGCGGGUUAGCAAUCUAGUCGACCUUCUUGAUGUUAGCUUCCUCACUAUGCUGCAACCACCUCCUCCGCAGGUGGACGAGUGCUACGAGCCGACAGUUCCUGAAAUUUUUCUUGCAACCAGUUGAGGUUUUUCUCUGACCAUUUCUCUGGGAUUCCGUUUUUACACCGUUCAUUUGUUUGUGAAAAGAGAGGUGGGAAAGGAAGUGUUGUACUAGCGGUUGCGAUGGGGAUUAAUUCAAAAGAUUAGAGGAGAUAAGUCAGCAAAGAUUUAGGUGAUGUUCCUGCUGCUAAUGUGUAUGCGACUGAAAAGUCAGAGGGCAGAAGAGAAAAUUUUGCUGCUAAUGCAUAUACAAAGAGAGAGGGUUGGUGUUGCUAUUUUGUUCCCUAUUAGAAUUGGUCGCUCUAUGGGAUUCUUAUCACAUUUUCUUGAUCUGGGGUGAUUUUGUGUCCUUUUAACUGAUGCAAGUCGUGUGUGGGUUCUGUGGGGAUUCCACCAUUAGCAGAAAGAUCAAGACAAUGUGAUAACUUUGAGGACAUAUUUUGUGUCUAAAUCUGCAGAGUUAUAUGAUGUGUAACAUGGAAGUGUUGCUGAAGGGAAGGAGGAAAGUAAUGGUGGACUCUCAUAAAGAAGAGAGACAGAUAAUGUUUGUGGUGAAUUCCUUCACCUACCCUGCUUAUGGGAAAUUCUGCAAUGAUGUCCAGCGGCACACCACUCUCAAGUCUGAGAUGAAUUCCUUCACCAGAGGUUCUUUCGUGAGUUACGUCAGCGCUCAGAAGGCAUACAUCGAAGCCCUUGACGGCUGGUUGUCCAAGUUCAUCCUAACAGACACCAUUUGUUACUCCCGGGGGAUCUCCUUGAUUGUGCCCGACAGGGCCGGCACACCGCCCCUGGUGGUGAUCACGAGUGGCACACCAUGCUGUCGACGACUGGAUCGAUCCUCCUCACUAGUGACUCCGGCAUAGGACUUGGCGAUGGGGAGAGGUCGUUCAGCGCUGCGCAGAGCUGGUGCCAAGAACUAACUGUUGAUGUGGAAUCAUAUUUUUUAAAUAAUUAUCAGUUUGACUUAUUAGCUUGUAUUCAAACUGUACUGCAUUUUUGUUUGAGUAAUGUUUUUUCAUGUUCAUGAUAGUUCUUAUAUACUGUGCUUCUCAUAAUUUGGGUGGGACUUUUUGUAGAGGUAAUGUUUGUUAUUAUUGAGUGGUUUUCAACUAAUUUGUGAAAGCAAUUGGUUUCGUUUUCGGUAAUCAGAUGUAGAAUUUGCAUAGUACAAGGUAUCAAAGCGAUGCAUAUAUUCUGAAAUGUAUCUAUCUAGCUGGUCUUAGUUUUAGUUCGAUAAAUAUAUGUUCAUUGAUCCUGAGUAUAAUGGCUUAGUUUUUUUGUCCUGCUGGAAGCAAUUCUUUAUUGUGUGGAGUCUGUCAGUAUAAUUACUUGAUGAAUUUGGUUAUUUUCCAACAGAUAGCUGAAGAAGAUUAGGUGAUUUCACAAUUCAAUUGCUGAAAAUGUUGCAUGCAAUGGAGAGCCAUGUAAGUGUGCUUGCAGUGUCUACUAUUGAUUCUAUGCAUCGUUCAGUUCAAAAGAGUAGGACAGGUAUCAUACCUACAGAACUGGAAUGUACCAUGAAAUAAUCUUGAAUAAUCAACCAUAUGGUUCAACUGAACACAUGUUUAUUAAUUCAGUAACUAUAGUUAUGUUUUCCGAUUCGAUAAGUUAUCCCAUAAGAUAAAUUUAAGUAGAUUAAUUACUGAUCAAAUACAUUCUUUAGGUAUUUCAAAGAAUACUCAAGUCCUAUGCAGCAAAAUUAUAUGCCAGGUUGCCAAAAGAUGGUACUGGCAUUGUUGCAGCUGUUGACAUUAUAAAUUAAAACAUUGUCUUUGUUUGGUAAUCUAAAGUUUCUAAUUCGGAAUAAGGAGCAAGGCAGUCGGUUGUAGUUUAGAUCAUAGGCUUGCUAUGACUCUCUUUCGCGAUUCAAAAUUUUAGUCCAGGAAUCUUGGCUUCUUGUUGGGUCUCUGCAGUAAAGUCUCAUUCAUCAUCAUCAACAAAUGAUUUCAUUUUGUGUAUGCUUGAGUUUAGAAAUUUUUGUCUCACUGUCCAUCGUCGACGUACCGUCCAUGAAAGUUGUUCAUAUAAGUCUAGUGAUAAUAUCUCUGAUUUAUUUUAAUAAUGUACAUUUCCAGCAAUGCAUUUCUGUUGGUCCUGUAACUACUACUUUCCUCAGCUUGAACUCGUGCAUGUAGCCUCAAAGAUUGCCACUGAUCAGCUUUCAUGUCUAUAACAUGAUUAUCUAGCUACAUGUGCUCCAUCUCUCCUGUUUUGUUCUAUUACAAAUGUCACUUUCUUCACUAAUCACGGUCAUUAGCAUAAAAAGGCAGUGAAAAGGACGCCACCUACCUAGCACCGCAGAGCUUCCACUCAGGCGACGCACCAGGGGUGCGCCACCGUGUCCAUGUCGGCAGCCUGCACUGUGCGGGCGAGUCAGAUUUUUACCGUGGAGAAAAAAACACAGCAAGUGCGGGCGACUUCCUCUUAGUGUUACUAUAAAACUUAUUGGGCAGUCAUAUUUAAUUGUUGAAUGUGUUUAAUCUGGUUGAGAAUAAUCCACUACCUAAAGGGAUCAAGAUCUUUAAAAUAUUAUUGUUUGUUCAAAGGUUGUUUGUUUUGUUAUCAGUUAGAAAUUCUAUUGCAAGUUCCUUGCUUAUAUGUGCAUGUUCGUCAGCAAUUAGAGAAAAAAGGGGGUGAAAGGGUCGCUUAUCAAUCUGGCACCGCACAAACUUCCUCUCAGGAGGUGCCACCAGGUGGCUCCCCAACCCCUAGUGAGGGUUCAAAAGGAACAAGCUCGGGCGUUGUAUGGACGUGUCCAUGGAUAUAUAAGGGACAAGAUUUUCUUGUAGAUGUUCUCACCACAUGAAAAAUUCCUAAUUGCAAAGUGAGCCUAGCUCAGAUAUUUAGGUUCUUUGCGGUGGAACUAGCCCACCUGGGUUUAAGUCCUAGACUUGCGGCGGUGCUCAUAUUUUCAGCGGGAGGAGACAUCCCGUCAACUACGAAGUUGCCUCUGGUGACUUCGUCAAUCUCAAGACAAUUUGGUAGCUCAUUUUCUCGAAGAUACUCAUAUAGAUAUGACGUGUGUGCGUGCGUUCGUAGGGGGUGAAUGUAUGUGCACAUAUAUGAGCGUGUAUGUGUUCAUUUUUUUCUAAUCAUAUAUUUUUCUGUGUUUUUCCUAUGACUUGAAGAGCUCAUUCAGAUAAUAAAAAUAUACAAUUUGGAUCAUCAGUUCAUCACAACAAACCAUACCCAGCGGCCCAGUCAAUCACAUCUCACGGAUCGCCCCACCUCCAUGAUCCGCGUGCUCACCCCGUAAACCCGAUCACAGCCGUCCAUCUCCCAUCGAUCCAACGCUCCAUACUCCAUGUCCCCGUUCCCCUCGCCGCGCGCCUUCUCGCUCCAAAAUUUCCCUCUCCCCCGCCCACCGUCUCCCCCAUUUAACCCCGCCGCCUCCUCUACUCAUCUCAUCGCUCCACCAAACCCAAAUCCAACAACGCCGGCGAAGCAUCCAGUCCCAGACCCCGCCGCUCCGAUGGCCCGCACGAAGCAGACGGCGCGCAAGUCCACUGGCGGCAAGGCUCCGCGGAAGCAGCUGGCGACCAAGGCGGCGCGGAAGUCGGCCCCGGCCACCGGCGGCGUGAAGAAGCCCCACCGCUUCCGCCCGGGGACCGUCGCGCUGCGCGAGAUCCGCAAGUACCAGAAGAGCACAGAGCUGCUCAUCCGCAAGCUCCCCUUCCAGCGCCUCGUCCGGGAGAUCGCGCUGGACUUCAAGACGGACCUCCGCUUCCAGAGCUCUGCCGUGUCGGCGCUGCAGGAGGCCGCCGAGGCGUACCUCAUCGGUCUGUUCGAGGACACCAACCUCUGCGCCAUCCAUGCUGAAAUCUGAGAUGGGCUCUAGGCCCAUAUUGCAAUUUCUGAAAAAUCUCUAAGGGCCCAUGUGGGUUAUAUGGCACUAGGUGUAGUGGGAAGUUUAGUCCC